AUGGCGGCACGACCAGCACUGGUAGUGCCUGCACUUAAGAAGCACACUGCAACCGUGAUUAUGGCUCACGGGUUGGGCGACAGUGGUGCAGGAUGGGUGUCGCUUGCUGAGAACUGGCGACGACGGGGAAAGUUCGAAGACGUCAAGUUUAUCUUUCCCAAUGCACCGAGCAUUCCCAUCACUGUGAACUUUGGAAUGGCGAUGCCGGGCUGGUACGAUAUCCUUAACUUCUCCGAGCUGAGACAGGCACACGAUGAGCCGGGUAUCCUCCGCAGCCGAGCCACCUUUUCGAAACUGAUCACGGAUGAAGUCGCGGCGGGCAUCCCCUCUAACCGUAUUAUUCUCGGUGGCUUCUCUCAAGGCGGCGCAAUGUCCAUUUUCACCGGUGUUACGACGCCGCACAAACUGGCCGGCGUGUUUGGAUUGAGUUGCUAUCUACUUCUGGGGGACAAGGUGAAAGAGUUCGCUAAAGAAGCCAACGGGGCCAACAAGGAUACGCCAUUCUUCCUAGGCCACGGCGACGCCGAUGAGGUGGUCAAGUACAGAUGGGGCGUGCAGUCGGCGGAGUUCUUGAAGAAUGAGCUGGGUCACAAGGUUGAGUUCAAGACAUACAAGGAUCUCCCUCACACUGUGGACGUAGAAGGGAUCGACGACUUGGAGGUGUUCAUCAAGGACUGUUUGAAGCCUACCGAGUCUCUGUGA